AUGCAAGAGGCCCUAGAAGAUGCCCUUGCUCUUCACACGGGCCCUGCAAAGCAGCUAAAUGCACAAGGCAGACGGGUAAAUACAAACCUGAAAUUUAAGUGGCACAUUCUGAAGGAGGAGGAAGAGGAAGAAGGAGGAGGGGGAGAAGAGAGAGAAGAGAAGAGAAGAGAAGAGAAGAGAAGAGAAGAGAAGAGAAGAGAAGAGAAGAGAAGAGAAGAGAAGAGAAGAAAGAGAAGAGAAAGAGAAGAGAAAAGAGGAGGAAGAGAAGAGAAAGAGAAAAGGAAGAAGAAGAAAAAGAAGGAAAGAGGAAAGAAGAGAGCUGCCUCUAGAAUCUUCCGCUGCUCACUCAUGACUGUUGCUCCACUGCCUUGGCACUCUGUGGCCUCCAUCGGCUCAUCACUCAGGCCUGCUGUGCUAAUGAUGAACAGCACAAAUAGUCAAGAAGAUGGCUGUUUUGAAGCAGGCUUGUAA